AAUUCCAUGCAGAUAACUCUCUCUCACUAUCAUUUUUCCUCACCACAUAAAAUUUCACAAAACCUUUUUUUGGCUCACAAUCUAUUUUUGGAGAAACUUCAAAGUUCAUCUAUAAAUCUGAUAAGGUCGUAAAUUUCGUUUUAGUUCAUUAUAGUACUAUCCACAUAAACUAAGCAAAACAUCAAUUAAAAAAACAUAUCAAAAUGGCAUCAGUUACAUCAGCUACGGUCGCAUUCCCAUGUUUCACCGGCCUCAAGCUCGCCGUCAACUCCAAACCCACGACGGUCUCCACCACCGCCAUCAAAUCUCCAUCCAAAGCGGUGCCUAAGCUCUCAGUUAAGUCCUCUCUCAAAGAUUUCGGCGUCAUGGCCGUUGCAGCUGCAGCUUCCAUCGCUUUGGCCGGGAACGCAAUGGCUAUUGAGAUUCUCUUAGGUUCUGACGAUGGUGGUCUUGUUUUCGUACCAAGCAACUUCACGGUGGCUAAAGGAGAGAAGAUCGUGUUCAAGAACAACGCAGGGUACCCACACAACGUGGUGUUCGACGAAGACGAGAUCCCUAGUGGCGUUGACGCGAGCAAGAUCUCUAUGGACGAGCAAGAGCUUCUCAAUGGGCCGGGAGAGACGUACGAAGUCACGUUGACCGAACCUGGCUCUUACGGUUUCUAUUGUGUUCCUCACCAGGGUGCUGGUAUGGUCGGAAAGCUCACCGUCAACUAAAUAUGUCGGCAGAGAGAUAGACUCGUCCUACUCGGUUGAAUUCAUAAAUAAUUUGUAAUAUGGAAGAGUGAGUUGAAUUAUAAAACAGGAUUAUAUAAUGUUUACUUACUCGUUUAAUGGUAACGGCAUUGUUCUUUGUUACUACCAUUAAUUUAGAUCAUUUGUGUGUGUCACGUGAAAAUACUUUUCCUUUGAAAUAAAGGUUGUUCUAUAUAUGUCUCUCUAGUUGUGUAUCUUUACCACAUUAAACAAAAUGGCCUAUGUACGAG